AUGGAGGUUGCUGAGGCAUCGGCGCAGCCUUCGAACGUGCAUUCGAAAUAUGAUAUUGUAUCGCAGCAAAGUGAUACUCAAGAUGGUGAACAACCUGCUAGGCGUAACUCCGCGGCUCAGGCUACAGACGGUCAAGGUAAUUUCGAAGUUGGUGGGAAUGGGAGUGGCGAGAGCUAUAUCCCUUGUAAGUCCAACGGAUCUUUUCGUGGAGGCAUGAACUGGCCGGAUAGAGGUUCAGUAUGUUCUCCGAGGCCGUCUCGUGAGCCUGAUGCUUUCGCAAAUUCUUUGAGGAAGUACCCGAAUGUUUCACCAGAAAGGUCGACAGAGGUGGUGGAGAGGCUUAUCAACUACACGCAGGCCAAGCAUUUAGCAAAGAGUUACCAAAGCCGCAAUUCAUCACCGUCACACCAAGGAAUAGAAUACAAUAUACCCAGUCAAGAUAUUCUUGAUCGCGGUACAAAUCGAAGUUACCAUAGAAGCUUUAGUUACCUGAAAAGUUGCGAUCGUAAUAUAAACGCUGGAACUAAAGUAAGAAGCAGUUUAGAAGAAUCACCAACAAGAGAUAUUAGGCCAAUGAGUGGCUAUAACGAUCGUGAUUACGCUGAUAGAAGAUUGAGAAAUUCUGACCUAAAAUAUGGCAUAAAUAUGUCUAACAGAGUAAGGACUGCCUAA